AUGGUAUUUUACCCUUUAACAUAACAAUAAAAUUUGCUUUAAUUAAAAUAAACAAAUCCAUAAAAGUUCAUUCAUUACCUAAAGAUGAUAUUAAAGGUUUAAAAUUUAUUAAUUUUAGGAGUUUGAAGGUGAACGAUUGUUUUGGUAUAAAUUUCUGAAGACCAAAUUCUUAAUUAUUAUUAGUAAUAAUAAUACAGAAAUCAAGUAUGUUACUGAGGAUGGAUAAAUAUUGAGAAUGUAAUAUAAAUCAUUUAAAUUUAGUGAUUACAAUAAAGAUCCAUAAGAGACUCCACAAAUCCUAAAUAAUUUAGAAUAAAUCAAAUAUCUUUAAUGGGUUGGAGAGUAUGGAAAGAAUCUUAAAAAAGUUGGAGAUUGGAUAGCCAUUUGGAAAGGUCAAAAAUUAAAGAAUGUAGGGGGUAAGUACUCAGAAGAAGGAAAAAAAAUAGGGUUUUGGGUAGAAUUAACAAGUAAUUAUAUGGAGUAAGAUUUAAUUUUAAUAAUAAUAAUUUAUAGAUAAUCAUUAGUAUAUGAAGCUGGAGAGUAUGUUGAUGAUUAAAGGAGAGGAAAAUGGAAAUAUUUAUUUCAGGAUUAUGAAAUGUAUUAAUUUUUUACAUUUUCUUGUGUAGAGGUGGUGGAAAUUAUAAUAAAAAAGGAAUAAAAAACGAAAAUUGGAUUGAGUUAAGUAAAUCUUUUUAAAGGUAAAUCUGAUAAAUAUAAAAAUAAAUAAGUGAUAAAUAAGUCACUUAUAAUGGAAAAUAUAGAAAUGGUAAAAAAAUUGGUAUGUGGGUUGAAUGUUUGAGGUAGAAUGGGUAUUAAUCCUUUUAAGUGAUGUAUGGAUUAAAAAUAAUUAUUAUUUAGUGGAGGAGGGUAUUAUGAUAACGAGGGUAAAGAGCUAAAAAUUGGUAGUUGGGUAGAAUUAAUUGAUUUUAGAAGGUAAAUGAAUGAUUAUAAAUUAAUGCAUUAAAAAAAGCAAGUCACAUUUAAUGGAUAAUAUAAUAAUGGUUAUAAAAUAGGUAGAUGGAAUAUAUUGAGUAGUGAUUAUUCUAAUGGUUAAAGUAAAAAAAUGUAAUAUAUAUUAUCUAUUCUAAUUUUAGCGGUGGUGGAUGUUAUGAUGAAAGAGGAUUGAAAAAUGGAAAAUGGGUUGAAUUUGAUGAUCAUUCUGCUAGGUAUAAAAUCAUUAACCACUAUUUAAAAAGUGAAAGUAAUAUCACUUAUUGUGGUGAAUAUAAAAAUGGAUAAAAAGUUGGAUUAUGGAAUUUAUAUUGGAAUGAUGAUAUUUAUACUUAUUAAUUAAGUGGAGGUGGAUGUUAUGAAAUAAAG